GGCUGUUGCAGGGGGCGGAGCGAGCCCGGAACAGCCGAGACGUUGCGCAGAUCAGAGCCCGGAGAACACGCGGCGCGGGGCUCGUUUCUCCCCGCGAUCCAGGCCCGCCCCGCAGGUGCCGCCCGCCCGGAGCCCGCGGGACGCUCGGAUCCACUGGAGAGUCUGGAACAGGGACGGGGAGCCAGGGCCAGGACUCACCCACCCUGGCUCGGUUUCACUGCUGCUGGAUCGGACCCAGUUAGACCGAGAGGAGCCGAUCCCAGUCCAGCACCUGCAGCAGCAUCUGUAGCCUGAGUGUCACUGAGAGAGACAAUGAGGCCAGGAAUAACAUACAGAAAGAUCAAAGGAGAUCCAGAACCUCACUGUAACUGUAAGAAAUGUAACUACUACAAGAAAUGUAGAAUUGUGCUCGCAGUCGCCCUCGCAGUUGUGUCCUCAGGUCUCAUCGCUGUUAUUGUCCUGGCAGUGCUCCUAUUCAUGAGAUCUUGGGAUGGUCGAGCCACCCCUUUAGUCCCCUCUCAGGACCCCCCUUUAGUCCCCUCUCUGGGGCCCCCUUCUGUCCCCUGCUGCCCAGAGGGGUGGGUCGGAUACCGAGGGAAAUGCUACUAUUUCUCAAAGGAAGAAAAGAACUGGGAUUCUAGCCAGCACUUCUGCUCUUCCUUCAAUGCUUCCCUGGCAGUGAUUGACACCCAGCAGGAAAAGGAUUUCAUGAUGCGCUAUGCAAACCUCGUUGAGCACUGGAUCGGUCUCAGAAGAGACUCAGGCCAGCCCUGGAAAUGGGUGAACGGAACCAUAUUCAGCCAGCAGCUGUUUGAAAUAAGAGCAGGAGGCGACUGCGCGUAUCUGAGCGACGUCUUCGUGAGCUCUUCAAGGUGCUAUUCUCUGAGAAACUGGAUCUGUAGCAAACCUGAUGGAUCUACAAAGGGAAAGGAACAUGCAGUAGAGAGAGACUAGUAGGGAUGUAAAAGUUUAAGCAUGAUGCUUAUCAGUAGGACCCUACCAAUUUUGCCUCAGGGAUCAAAAUAAGCUCUUCCCUGUGAAAUCCGAUGUCUCCUUGUUCCUAAGCACACCCCAGCAAAGGGGGCUCCUAACUCCGACUGGGCAGGGGAGGGACCAGACUUGAGGCAUGGGGCUGGAAGCGGAGCUCCACAGAAAAUGUGAGGGUGCUGCAGCACUGCAUGCACUCCUAGUUCCCUGGGUAAAGGUUUUACCUAUAGAAUUUUAAUUGGUUACAGUUACUGUUUUUACACGUUAUUUACAUGCCGAGGGACUAGUAUAUCACUGUAGAGAUCAGUCAUGAAUAGGACCUGUGUUUUCUGGCAAUGAAAACAGGGUAAUUUCAGAUUUAAAAGCCUUUAUGUUUUGGAAAUAUCAGAUAUGUAUUGUAUUAAUACAGAACAUACAGGCAUGGCAUCCCCCCCCGGUUACAGCCUGGACUGUGGGACUGCUGAGCCCCUUAAACUCACCAGCCUGGGCUGUCUCUCACGGUGCCAUACAAAUGACAAGGAACAAAACUCUUCCAUGUACUGUGAUCACUCAGCCAUCAGUACGCGGCGAGACACAGCCAAAUGAGUUUACAAAUGUCUUUUUCACAUGUGCCUUCUGUUUAGACAGUGUGGUUAGUUCAGUGCCCAUUGUGUCCUUCAGCUCCUUCCUGAACCUUUGCAUGUAGCAAGUGCUGCAUCAGGAGUGGCCAUAUUUACUGCAUUGAUGCCUUGUUCAUAUUUACAAAUUGGGCAGUAGGUGGAGAUAUGUUUAAAUUACACAGAAACCUGCAAUAAAACAGUUUAUCACCACAUCAGCAUACAAAUAUUCAUUGACACACACUUAGGGCACAUUCAAACUUGUUUGGGCAGCCCACAUCUUCAUACUUUCCAAUGACAUACAGUCAUGUUGUGGGGUUAGCACUUGUCCAGGUUUGGAGAAACUGGGUUCAGCAUCAACUGAAUUGCACGCGAUCACCAAAAGAGCCCAAGCAAUCUGGCAGUGUUUUGGCAAACGCUUGUCUGCUUUUCCAAAAGCUGGAGAGAGAAAUGUCAUGGAAACUAGGAAGAUUAUUUACAAUGUUCAAGUAAACUGCCCAUUCAUCCUCCGAUACAGAACUCAGCUGCGGAAUUCUCUGUUCGUAGUCACUGCAGUUGUUGGGAGUACAGGAACUUGCUUAGGAUCAAGGAUUCUGACAUUGCAA